AGCAGUGAACAGACGGCGGUCUGCGGGCAGCGGAGCAUGCGGCUGCCGCUCCUGGUAGCCCUAGCCUUCGCCUUCGCCAUCGCCCUCGCAGCACGCGCCGCAGCGCUGCAGCCCGUGGGCAGCUGCUGCGCGCCGAGCUUCAGCUAUGACGCCACCAUCUGGGCGUGCGUGCCCGACGCCAACCACACGACGGACGCCGGCGAUGACUUCCUCAACCUCACCGCGGCGCCUGGCGAAUAUACCACGGAGCCGCUUCCCACAACCGACGUCACGCUACUGCAGAGUGACCCCUCGUCCGGCAGACGAGAGGAGGAAACUGUGGAGAACUCUUCCAACGGUAGUGUCGGCGCCACUAGUGAAGCCGCCGUGACCUGGGGCUACGCGGAAGACUCUGGACCGGUAUCCGGCGUCUUCGAGGACGUCACAACCGACUGGGACGUUAUGUUGGCGAACUCGACGGACGAGCGGCUGCCCGACACGAGCACGAUGCUGGUGCCGGAGAACUGCGAGAAGGGGGCGCUGGUGGACGUGCCGGAGGACCAGCCGCUGCCGGAGGGCGUGGGUCGCUGCCUCGCCGGUGACGGCCUCGUCAGGGUGUGUGUCGACGCCGAGGAAUACUGUGCCAGCCACUACUGCCUGCCCAAGUGCUGCCCGCACGGUCAGAGCUUGAUGGCCAACAAGGAGUGCCUGCCGAGCACGCGCGGGCUGCCGCUGGCGGAGAACCUGAGCCUGCCGCAGGGGGCGCAGUCGGGGGGCGUGGCGCUGGUGGCGGCCGGGCUGUCGUGCAUCAAGUACCCUCUGCAGCCGGACCGCCUGCCGCACAGCGACGGCCGCCGGCUGGAGCGAGACGACUCGGCGCCGGGCCGCCUCGCGCUCGCCGUGCCCGCCGUCGGAGAGCGACACGUGCUCGGCCGCUACUGCCUCGAGUUCGUCGACAUGCCGCCCAAGAUGCAGGGCGUCUACGCCUUCGUCUGCUUUCCCGACACCGUCGACGAGGUCACCCUCAAGCACAAGCUGGAGUCGGCGGGCCUGGUGCUGUCGGUGGCGUGCCUGGGCUUCACGCUGGCCGUGUACGCGUGCCUGCCCACGCUGCAGAACCUGCACGGCCGCACGCUCAUGUGCCACAUCGCCGCGCUGCUCGCCGCCUACAUCGGGCUCGCCGUCCUCAAGAUCUUCACCGGCAGCCUGCGCAACGUGCCCUGCACCGUCACCGGUGUGCUGACGCUGUUCUUCUUCCUGGCGGCCUUCUCGUGGCUCACCAUCAUGUGCUUCGACAUCUGGUGGACCUUUGGGGCGGUGCGCAGCUCGCGGGAGAGCUCCCGCCGCAGCAGGACCCGCCGGCUGUUCACGCUGUACUCGCUGUACGCGUGGGGCGUGCCCACCGUCAUCACCGGCGUCGCCUACUACCUCAGCGCCACCGGCAGGAUGUUCGGCCUCGGCCGCGUCUCCUGCUUCAUCCAGCAGGGCAGGACGGAGUACCUGGAGGUGUUCUCGGCGCCGGUGGGCGCGCAGCUGCUGGUGAACGUGGUGCUGUUCGCUCUGACGGCACGCUGCUGCUGGCGCGUCAAGGCCGACCUGGAGCGCAUGGCGCCUGCCGCGCCCACCAAGAGGAAGUACCGCGCGGACCUCGCCAAGGUGGUGAUGAAUGCAAAACUUUUUGUGGUGAUGGGCCUGACAUUCACAUUGGAUGUGGUGUCAGGUAUGUGGGUGAAUUCCCCAGCGUGGGUCUGGUACAUUCCUGAUACUGUGAACGUGCUGCAAGGAGUGCUCAUCUCAGCUAUUUUUGUGCUGAAACGGCGUGUGCUGCGUGCAUUGGCUCGCCGCCUGGGCCUGCCGUGGGGCAGCUCUGGCUCAGAUGGGGGCACAGGGGGUGCCAACACACCGCCCUCUGCCUCUGCUACAUCCCGAGCUGUGCGUGCCCGUAGCCUCACCCCAGCUGCUGCUGUUGAUACACCCAUCCCACUCAAGAGCACACCCUCAAAUUCCACACUCCUCACAACCAUCAGUAUCAACAACCACAACAACAACAACAGCCAUCACAUCCAGCACAAGUCUUUCAUCACCACCAGGACUUGAACACAACAAUCACAUGUGUAACUAUUAUUCCUCAGAGCUCAGUCUUAUUUCUUUGUGCUAUUUACUAUAUACAGUGUAGGUCAUACGUAACUGGAAGUCAUAUGUGGACUAGAACAAGCUGUGAAAGACUACACAUUGAAAUGUCAUUUCGAAUUAGUCACAAAAUGCAGACCUGGGAAAGUUAAGUGAAGUUCAGAAAUGUUAAGGUACGAUUUUCAUCACCUAAGGUAAACAAAACACAAACAUGAAACAGUACAUCAACAAACCACGAGGUGUGGAGAAAUGUAUUGUAUAACAGCUAUUUAAACAUUUCUUUACUGUCUAAGUGUGACUAUGAAAAGAUUAUAUGAAGCAGUCUCAUUCUAUGCCCUUCCUGAUAUUCCAGCUAGAAAUGAUUAAGUUAAUUUUUUGAGGAUGGUAAAAACCCAAUGUUUAUUACACAAAUUUGCUGUAUAAGGGAAAAACACUGCUGAUUUAUUAAAUACAUUUUACAAAGGAUCUUCAGCACCCCAAUUUCUUUCAAGCAUCCUGCCAAUUUUGCAUACGGCUAAUUUUUGCUCUUUAUUGGCCUAAUCUCAUAACUACAUGUUUCUGAAUACAUUUUGCAAAACUUUUUACGCUUAUCCUAAGGAAUGGACUGUGUAUGAUAACUCGUAAGAUGCCCUCCAAGAUAGAUAUUUUCAUUCUGUCUUCAUCACACUGUACUAGGAUAUAUUUAACACAUCUCAUUAUUAAAGCAUGGUCAUAUGAUGGUGCCUGGGUUUGGAUUCUGGUGUUCAAAGAAAUUUUUGUCACCAUUAUUUAUUCAUAGGCCAUGGGGAAAGAGUUGGUGGUGUAAGAUUCCUGACCACACAUGUAUGUGCCAGUGUCUUACAUGAAAGUACUAUAAAUAAGUCUCUUGUAUGUGGGCAUGUGCUAUUGUUGACAGACAUACAUCCACUGGAUAAUGACAUUAAACUCAAUGGCAUCCUUAUUGUUAUUCAGGAGAAGUAUACUAUGAGAUGACACUAGCUUUCACACUAUGUUACUUCCACAUUAACAUAAAUACCAUGAUACUUCUAAACACACCAACCACAGUCAACACACUACAUAGCUACGCAUCUGAUACAUUGGACAAAUGCUGUAGGAAAUUUCUGGUAGAAUGUAAAUACAAAAAAUGAAUUAUUCAUUAUCCAGACAUGUCAUGCCAUUAGAGCUAAUAUGACAAAAAACUUAUCAUACCUCAGAGAAUUAAUGAUUAUCCACUAAAUAUUUGCAUAAAAGCCCUGCACUCCAAAUCUGGGAGAGGAGGGUGGUCCAUGUGUACCCUCUUGCUCCACCUUGCAGAUGCCUCUGUUUGGACAUACAGUAAGAUGAAAUGACAUCCACCUGCAAAAUUUGCACUAGACAUUCAGCCAAACACAAAACAAGGAUAAGCAAAAUUAUGUACUCUUCUGUGUCUCUAAUCAGUCUCCCUUUAGUAAAUUAUUACUAUUGUAGACUUUAAAUAAGGUAGGAUCAGUGAAAGAAAAUAUGAUUAUACUUAUGUAUUCCAUCCUACAAGGAACAGCUACUUGGUAGAGUUCCCAUUGUUUCUGAGUUGUCAUGAGCAUCAUUUCAUGUAUCUAAAAGAGGAGAACAGAGUUAUUGUAGAAGUAAAUUUUUUGCCAUAAUUUAUGUUUCCUCAUGAUAAAAAACAAGUACUUUUGAUUUUUUUGUAGUUCCUGUAUUAGUCAAUUCAUUUAAUACUUAUUUAGCAGUAUGGAAAUCUUUCCUGAAGUUCAUCCUGAUAUUCUGUAAGUUCCCUACUUGCAGUCAGUUAAGGAUGAUUUCUAAAUUACAUUACAAAAAAAUUAAAUUGUUGACUGUCUUUGAGCACAAUAAGUAAAACUGCUAUACAGUUUAACGUGUCUUUUUCAGUGCUUGAGCACAAUAAGCAAGACUAUGAAGUGUAACCUGUCUGUUCUUUUCCAAAUUAUAUUCAUCGUUUCCCAAUAUUUUUCUUGUGUACUGAAGUGAACAUUUUAACUUUAAUUUUUCUGAGAAAACACAAUAGUUUUCCUUCCAUGUGUACGUUCAAAAUGUAUUCUCUCCCCUAUCCUGUUCCCCUCAAAAGUGUAGCACGUCUAAUAUCAAGUCAGUUUUCUAAAAGUAAAAAAAUUCCUUCUGCUUUCAGCAUUAGUUAAUUUUUUACGGUAUAUAUGACUAUGAGACAUGAUAAAUACAACACUAAAGAAAACUUAACUUCUUUACUGCAGUGGAAGAUUAAUUGCCAGAAGUCUUUUUGUACAUAUUUCUAGAAUGUCACAAUUUCUUUUAUUUGUUAACUUUAGUCCUGUUCUGAAUUAGGAGAGUGAGCAGUUACUGCACUUAGUAAACAAGCUGUUUUGUGUUAUUGUAUAUUAUGCUUCAAGUGCAGUUGUCGUACAGAGCAACCAACUGAAACUUAAUUUGAAAGUACCUGCUUUUGAACCACCAAUGAUUUAUCACAAGUUAUUACUGCUUUUAUAUUGACAACAUUUUUUGAUGAGGUGGUAUUCUUAGUUUUUAAUAUCAACAUUUCUAUAAAUAAAAGCUUUACAGAUAUAAGACUGAAAUUGAUUUGUCAAUUAUUUACUGAUGUCAGUGUUGUAUUACAUAAAAACACUGAAUUUUAGAUGAAGUGUUUAAUUAUUUGCACAAUAAAUGUUGUGUAUUGUUGAAAAACCUGCACAAUAAAAUACAUCAAAGUCUU